AUGGCCCCCGGGAUACAAGACUCGCCGAGCGAGCUCGCAGCAGCAGUCCUCAAUGAUGAACAGGAACAAUUGUCUUCAAUAAAACGAAGCAGACGCCCGCUCUCGCUCUUCCAUCACAGCCUGGUCACAUCCGACAUGGACGCGCUGAACUUCCACGCUGCCGCAUCCCUCCAGCUGUGCUUCAGCCCCUAUCAAGAUGUCACCGUCAGCAGCACCACAGAAUCACACUCAGAAGCGGAAACUCAGCUCCUCAUCGCAUCACCCUACAACUCCCCCCUCCACCUCCUCAACCUCCAAACCCUCGAUACACCCAACCGCCUCCUCGCCCUGGCCCUCACAACCCUCCGUCCCGUGCGCGCCGACUACGCCACAGCGCCAUACGCAGACUCCUUCAACUGGCACUCUGUCUUUGCAUUCCUGCGCGAUCUGAGCACCCGUGAGGGGCACAGCUGGUCCCGAACGAAAUUCUACGUCGUUGUCUUCCGGUCGACGCUGUUGGCGGACGUGGAUGCGGACAGGAUACAUGAGCUGGACUCACGGUCGCAUCAGGAGGCGGUGGCUAGUGGGGGGUUACUCAAGUAUUGGUUUGGGACGACGAAUGCGCGGAGGGAGAAUCUGGCGACUUGUGUCUGGCGGAGUCGAGAGGAUGCGCAUCGGGGAGGGACGGGGCCGUGGCAUCGGAAGGCGAGAGGGGCAGCUAGAGAGCUGUAUGAAAAGAUUGUGUUUACGACAAUGGAGCUGGUGGUUGGCGAUGAGGGGCGGGAGUGGUCAUUUGGGGAGUGGACUGGUUGA